CGCCUGUGCUCGGUGACCUGGAAUCCCGCGCGCCACACGGAUGCUUAUUUUGACUUCACACAAGCUCCACUGCUGCUUUGCUUCAACGUAGCCACCCGAUCUGCCAGCCAAGGCACUGAACUCCAAAGCGACGUGCGACAAUCCCUUGAGAAGCAAACGCGCCAUCGACUGGUCCAAAACUGGCCCAAAUCUUGGAUGUCAGCCGACGAGACCUCGCCCCUCAUCCACACCGAAGCGACCGCAGACACUGCCGAAACUGCCGAAACCGACACCAUGAGCUCCUCCAUCCUUUGGAAAACCGGGGCCGUCUUCGGCGCAACCGGCGUCAUGCUCGGUGCGUUCGGCGCCCAUGGGCUCAAGAAGCACAUCACGGACCCCAACAAGCUGGCCAACUGGUCCACCGCCGCUCAUUACCAGCUCAUCCACUCCGUCGCCUUGCUCGUAGCCAGCAGCAACCCCGUCGCCGGCUCGCUCUUCACUGCCGGCAUGACCAUGUUCAGUGGCAGCCUGUACGCCCUGACCCUUGAUACCGAGCGGUUCAGGUUCCUGGGCCCUGUCACGCCGCUGGGCGGCAUGUGUCUCAUUGCCGGCUGGCUCGCGCUGGCCUUUGGCAAGCGCGGUGCUGGCCUGCGGUGGCCACGUUCAUGAGCAGGAGGCGGGCUGUGCGCAUUAUUUGCUGGUGUACGAUAGUCGGAGACUGCGCUAGGGGCCGGGUGGAUGUGGUUCCAUACCGACUGGCUUUGCCUUAUGUCUGUUGAGUAGCUGUGUGUUUUGUACGCUGAGCCGGGUUUGCAGCGAAUAAAUCCAUACUCCUAAUUUUGUCAGCGCGGUGGGCGAACCCCGUCGUGGGCAGCAGCCGCAAUGCCCUCACGGUGAAGACGUUCAUACCCGCGUUCCGAGAGAAGGCGACAACCAUGCUUCCGUCGUUUCCGUGCCGCGAAAUGGAAU